AUGUCACGACUUUGUCAGCCCGAAACGUCCGUAGUAAAAUCACCCGAAUAUCUGCUCGACUUUAUCGAUACUCACGCUUUGGAUGUAUUUCAACCAGAAAAUUUUCGAAAUUUGUCAGCCGGUGCUCUUCGAGAAAUUCUUACUCGUGACUCGUUUUAUGCUAACGAAUUGGAUAUAUUCCGUGUGGUUUAUCGCUGGAUCACAGAGAGCCAAGACUGCUUAGAUUCUGAUGCCAUCGACCAGGUUUUAUCUGCUGUUAGAUAUUCGUUGAUGAGUGAUGAAGAACUCAACGUGAAUCUUAUUUAUGGUUCUCAAGGUGUUCUGGAUAUCAAUGAAUUCGACGGCAGUGCUAUGAUAACUUUGUGUCAUUUAACAAUUAUAAACAAAAUUACAAUUAUGUUCGGGGAUAAUGAUUCAAGGGAUUACAGUUAUUACAUUGAUGUUUCAAUUGAUGACAACCAUUGGGUGCGUGUUGUAGAUUAUUCAGAUUACAUUUGUCGUUGUAUUCAAGAUUUGUGGAUUCCUAAGCAGAUAGUUAGGUAUAUUCGAAUAGUUGGUACAAAAAAUACUGUUAAUAAGAAAUUCCAAUUAUUAGAACUAUCGUACAAUACUGAAAGAUUGGACUCAGUGAAAAUCAAAAAUGGAAUCGUGGCUCCCAAGUACAAUGUUGCUAUAGAAUCUAUGAAUGCAACUGUCAUUGAAGGUGAACCACAUAUAUCAAGAAAUUUCUUAAUUCAUUCCUACUAUAUUGGCAGUAAAGACUUUCGGAAUAACAAAUAUACAUGGCAUCCUAUAGGAUUGGGUUGUAUUCGGAUUCAACUCGCACAACCUUAUAUACUUAGUUCAAUGAGAAUGCUACUUUGGGACCAGAGUAACCUAUUCAACAGUUACACCGUAGAAGUUUCUGCCAAUAAUCAGGAAUGGGUAAUGAUCAUAAACAAUUCUAAAAAAUGGACACACGGUUGGCAGGUGUUGCAUUUUAAACCCAGGCCGAUAGCGUUCAUUCGUAUUACUGGCGUGCGCAAUUCAAUAGGCUCAUUUUUUCGUUGUGUAUAUUUUGAGUCUCCCGCUCAAAAACCAUUGCGUUUCCCCUACCCAGUCCUUCAUGAUGUAACAAAUUAUUGGACAAAAAUGUAACGAAAAUUUCUGUUUUCAAGAGGACA